CAGUCCUCGCCAGCCUUCGGGGCGAAGCUGCCCUUCCUCAGCCCCGGCUUCCGCUUCCUCGCCGGAAACCCGGUCCCUCCGGAGCUCUCCUGCAUCCCCAGCCCCAGACUGUGGCCCCGCGCCAGGUGGCCGAGCGGCUGGGAGCGGGAGGCGGAGCAGCUGGGCGACCUGUGGGCCGGCCGGACUCGGGUGGCCGCGCAGCCCGAGGACGCCGCGGCCGACGACGCCUCGGACGACUCCGGCUGGCCCCUGCCGGUGCCCCAGGUCCUCGAGCCCACGUUCCAGGUGCUAUGGAAGCCCAUGGUGUAUUCAGAAACCAUGAAGCUGGCUCCUGGUGUGAGUAUGUGGAACCGGGGCACCCAGGAGCUGCUCACCUCCGCUGCCACCCAGGAGGAGGCUGACGGGGGCGCCUCCCGUGCGGCCGAACAGCAACCCAGCCAGGCGGGGGUGUCCAAGCCCCAGGUGAUUAUGACACCGCUAAUAAAGAAGGAGGCCCCCAAGGCCUGACUGCGCCCCGCUAAGCCUGUGCCCCACGCUGGGUCCUGAGCCUCCGCGCUGGGAAGUGGACCUUGCCCAAAAUAAACAUGCUUUGCGGCAGGAGCUGACUGA